GAGGUUUCGCCCGGGCGGGCGCGCGCGCUACCCGGAAGCAGAGCUGGGCGAAGGCGGAUCUCGGUCGAGCGACGGAAGGGAUGGCCGGGCCCUGGCGCUGGAGGGACCCAGAGAGUGCCUCGAGACGCGAGGGAGCCGCUCUGCCCUCCCCUCGGCCCGGGGCAGCGGGGUGACGAUGUGACUGGGCCGCCCGUCCCGUCCGUGCCUGGCCUUCCUUCCUUUCUCUGCCCCAUACUUUGUUCCCCGACAGAGGAAGCAGCUGAUCUGAGGGACGACCUAAGGCUUACUCUCUAUGAUCAUUUCCUCUCAAGUGUGUGAUCUGGUACUCAGGUGCAGAGCAUGGAGAAUGAUGAAUUUCCGUCAGAGGAUGGGAUGGAUUGGCGUGGGAUUAUAUCUCAUAGCAAGCGCAGCUGCAUUUUACUAUGUCUUCGAAAUCAACGAGACUUACAACAGACUAGCGCUGGAGCACAUUCAGCAACCCCCUGAAAAACUUAGAGAAGAAACUACUUGGAUGCACUCCUUAAAAACACGGCUAUUGUCGGUACCAUUUUGGCUGUGGACCCUUAUCUUUUUAAUCCCUUAUUUACAGAUGUUCUUGUUCCUUUAUUCCUGUACAAGAGCUGAUCCCAAAACGGUGGGCUACUGCAUCAUUCCUAUCUGCUUGGCUGUCGUUUGCAAUCGUCACCAAACAUUUGUGAAGGCCUCCAAUCAAAUCAGCAGACUGCAACUGAUUGACACCUAAAUCAAUCUUUGUUUUCCUAUGAGUGGUUUUAAAUGAUCAAGAUGCUGGGUUGCAUCAGUUAAACAUACAAAUGGAACUUGAGAUUCUUUACUACUACUACUGAAUAGCAUUUCUGCCUUCUAUUUUUUAAAUUUGUUGAUUUAAAGUAUGGGUAUGUUCUAUUUGGUGGAAUAAAGAACCUUUUUUGAGGUUAUAGGGUGACAUUUUUCAUAUUUGCCUUAUUAUGCAGAAUUUUUACACUUCACUGGAAGUCUUUGUGAGGAAAUGUCUUUGAAACUUUACUUCACUGUGCCCCCUGCUCCCCAUCUUCAAGCUUUCCUGAAGAGGAGAAUCAGCAAAACUGACUUUUCUUUUGUUAUAACGUGUAGGGUUUGAAAUGAUCAUAAAAGUGGCAUUUGAGACAUUGUUGUGCUUUCUCUUUCAAUAAUGUUGCACUCAAUAAAACAGGGCUCUAUUUACACACAUGACUAAA